UUCACAGGAAGUCGUGGACAGAGACAAGCAACAAAAUUUUGGAAAUAUAUCUGUCAAAAUGUAUACAAGACUUGAUCCGGAGAUUGAAGAAUGCCUAAAACAAUGUCAGCUGCAGAAUUCUGCUAGUCCUAUGACCAAGCAGUAUUUGAAGCUUAAUAUCCUGAAUAAAAGACAUGCCAAUGGGCUGAACCCGAUUAAUACUACAUUUACUGGAGAGAAAAAAUAUCAAUUGAGACCUGAUGAAGAGAUAAAGAAAGAGAAACGCCGAGAACAGAACCGGAGAGCAGCUGCUAGAUGUCGCAACAAGAAAAAAUGGGAAGAAAGGCUUUCUCAAGCUAAUCUCUUCGAAGAAGAAAAAAAACAAAUAAUGUUAAAAAGUAUUGUAAGGAAACUUACAGAUAUGAAACAAAAUAUGGAAAAGCUAUUGUCUAAUGUCACAGAUGAAGUUAGAGACAUCAACUACAAUGAACUUUACGGCCAUUCUAGCUUCAGGGAUAUUACUCAGAACUGGAUAAUGCAAACAUAUCACCAAAAGGAAACAUACGAAGGAAAUCACAUGAUUGAUAAUCCUAUCAAUAACACACCCGCACAUACAAAUACAUUGAAUACUUAUCAACAGCCAAUUUAUUAUCCAUCAGCUUCCUUUGAAGCAACCUCUUCUGUAAAUGUUCCUGAUCAAAAAUAUGAUCAAUCUAAAAUUUCUUCAAACUUUAAUGGUUUUUAUUGCUUCCCUGGAUCAAAUAAUCUGCAUAACAGUGGAAAUUUCAAUAGCUGCACAGACACUUCAAACAUGUCUCCUUCCAGUGUUAUGUCUGGUUCACAGCAUAGUCUACCUUGUUAUGAUUCUGCUGGUUCUGAGACUGCUUUUGACUGGAGUGAUAAUGAGAACUCCCAAACAUCGUCUUUUGCAAAUGACAACACAAAUCUUGGUUCAUCAUUUUAUGUAAAUAACAACAUCAAACAGGAUGAUAUACUUACUGAUAUAUAUAGCAACAUUGACUUUGGUGCACCUCUUGAUGUAAGUAAUGGUACCAGCUUCACUAACAACAUUGAUUUUAAUGCUUUUCCAAGACUAAACAGCAACAUCAACUAUGGCACUUAUAUUAAUAUAAGCAGUCAUGGAUUUCUUGACAGAAAUAGCAACUUUAAUUUUGGGACUGCACCUGUAAAUAACAUGCAGUUGGAGAACACUGAUUUCAUUUGGAGGAAAACUAAUUGCUGCAAUCAAAACAUGGACAAAAUAUUAUAUCUACAACCCGUUGAGGGAUCCCCCACUCUGAAUGAAGACAUUUUAUAUAAGAUUGAGGAUAUAUAUCCACCCCAAUGUGUACAAACUCAUAACAAUGAUCUGUCUUACUUAAAAUGAAUUCUAAAAGUGUCAAAUAGUAGGACAUACAGGAAAUUUGAACCAAGGACACAGGAAAAUAUCAAUCCCCCUAUUUAAAACCAUUUUAACAUAAUCCACAUUUCCAGCAUGGAUGAGAAUUUAAUAGGGAACAUUGUCUCUUACAGCAGUAGAGGGAAUGACUACAAGAAAUCUCACUAGUUAAAUCUGUGGAUAAUCUAACUGCCAGAAUAUUCAAUUACCUGUCUCCACACAUAGCUCCAUAUUACUUGCUCCUUCUGUUGUGAUCAACACUAGGACCUGGGUCUAUGGGUAUACAGAAAUAGAGUGGACAGUGAGGAGAGCACAUGUUCAGGCUGUUCCCCUAUAUCAUUAACUACUUCAUGCCAGAGUCUACCUCAUCAUCAUUGUUUUAAUGUCCACUUUUCCAUGCUUGCAUGGGUUGGACAGAAUCUGUUGAGGCAGAUUUUCUAUAGCUGAAUGGCCUUCCUGUUGCCAACCCUCACCUGUUUCCAAGUAAGGUAAUAUUUCACCAUGAUCAGAAGACUGGAAAUGGAGGACACUGCUUGUAUGAUGGUGACAUUCGUUUACAACUAUCACAUGAAUCUAAGGCAAAGUGAGAGUAUCUGAUGCAUGUGCACGCACACAUGCACACACAUAAACAAACCAAUACCUAUUGUUGAGUGGUGGUGGGGACAAACACAAGCACAAAGACACACACACACACAUUAACAAGCUUCUUUCACUUCCUAUUUACAAAAUCUACUCACAACUCUUUGGUCAGUCCGUGGGUGUUAGUAGAAGACCUGAGUCCAUGAUGGUCAGGAAGUUCAUGGGAGACGUGGAGUGUGUGAAACAAGAGAUCUGUGAGUCGCUCUCAUUUGUCUCUUACAUGCCUCUGGUCAGCUCAGUCAGGGUUGACUAAAGGUAGUCAUACAACAAUAGCAACUACAACAACAGCAGCUGAGAUUAUUCAACAACUACACAAAACUAUAUUUUAAAAAGUACUCCGAUAUCUUCAAGUUACAAUCAGAUUAUAUUAUAAUAAUACAAAUCUGAAAAUAAAUGUAAAAAUACUCAAGGAGACUUUUAUAUCUAUUUAACAAAUUAUUUAACUUAUUUAUUUUUAUCUAUAUUGCGUAUUAAAAUUUC